AAUUCAGAUGACCCUCCGUCCAUUUGUGUGUCCAUCAAUUCUGAAUGCCGAUCUUGCAUCAUUGGCUUCUGAAUGCAAGAAACUUUUAGCAGCUGGAGCAGAUUGGCUUCACCUCGACGUGAUGGACGGUCACUUUGUACCAAACCUCACAUUCGGUCACCCUGUCGUUGAAUCUCUUCGUAAAUCUCUUGGUGCUGAACCAUUCUUCGAUGUUCAUUUGAUGGUCUCUAAUCCUGGACAGUGGGUUGAACCGAUGGCAAAAGCUGGUGCCAGCCAGUUCACAUUCCAUUAUGAGGCUGUAGAUGGUGAUGUGGCAGUCAGUGAAUUGAUCGAAAAAAUCAGAAAAAGUGGAAUGAAAGUGGGAUUAUCGGUCAAACCGGGAACUUCUGUUGAGCAUAUUUUGAAACAUGCUAAUCAUUUGGAUAAUGCUCUUAUCAUGACUGUGGAACCAGGAUUUGGAGGACAAAAGUUCAUGGAAAACAUGAUGGAAAAGGUUCGCACAAUCCGUUCAAAAUAUCCAAAUCUGACUAUUCAAGUUGACGGAGGAGUAACACCUGAAAAUAUUGAAAUCUCUGCUCAAGCUGGAGCCAAUGCGAUCGUGAGUGGAACUGGAAUCAUCAAAGCUGCAGAUCAAUCUGUCGCCAUGACAACAAUCAGAAAUGCAGUUGAAGCUGCUAUUUCGAAGUGCUGAUUUUCUUAAUUACUUGAAUAUUGUUUUGAAUUUUGAAGCUCAUUUUUUCAGAGCUUUUUGAGGUUGUGAUGUUAAUAGUUAGUAAAUGAUUGUCAAUUAAAAAA